GUUCAGCUUCACUUCGUGCUCGUCGGUCGUGUCGCACCUUCUCCUUCUCCUUCUUCUCUCUAAAGGUGUAACCUGGACCUGGACCUGAACCUGGACCUGAACCUGAGUCCCGCUGUGUUUCCUCAAAGAGUGACCGCUCAAUGGAGCCUCAAUCUGCUGACGGGGGGGUCCAGCAACAGAGACCAGACUCUCCCAGCUGUCUGUCCCUAAAGAGCGACGCCUCCAAGGACGACUUCUUAGACUUUAAAGGACGACCUCCAUCUGCUGAUCAGAAGGUCCAGCAGCAGAGACCAGACUCUCCCAGCUGUCUGUCCCUAAAGAGCGACUCCUCGAAGGACGACUUCAUAAACUUUAAAGGAAGACCUCCAUCUGCUGAUCAGAAGGUCCAGCAGCAGAGACCAGACUCUCCCAGCUGUCUGUCCCUAAAGAGCGACGCCUCGAAGGACGACUUCAUAAACUUUAAAGGACGACCUCCAUCUGCUGAUCAGAAAGGGGACCAGGAGAGCUCGGAGGUUCCCGGUGGUCCGUCUGCCCAGCAGUAUCAGACACAGCUGGACUCCAUAUUUACGCUGCUGGAGGACCACAUCGUCACUUUUGUGAAGAGCGAGCUGAAGAAGAUCCAGAAGGCUCUGAGUUCAGAUUACCCAGAAUACUUAGAGGGUCAGAGUGAGGAUGAGGAGGUGUUGGAGGCUGAGGAUGAAGAGCAGAGGAGGAGCAGAGAGGCAUUCCUGAACAUCACACUGCACUUCCUGAGGAGCAUGAAGCAGGAGGAGCUGGCUGACCGUCUGCACAGCAAAACCUUUGCUGGAGUUUGUCAGCGUAAACUUAAAUCCACCCUGAAGGAGAGGUUCCAGUGUGUGUUUGAGGGCAUUGCUAAAGCAGGAAACCCAACCCUUCUGAACCAGAUCUACACAGAGCUCUACAUCACAGAGGGGGGGUCUGCAGAGGUCAAUGAGGAACAUGAGGUCAGACAGAUUGAAACAGCAUCCAGGAAACCAGACAGACCAGAAAGAACCAUCAGACGAGAAGACCUCUUUAAAGCCUCACCUGGAAGAGAUGCACCAAUCAGAGCAGUGAUGACAAAGGGCGUGGCUGGCAUUGGGAAAACAGUCUUAACACAGAAGUUCACUCUGGACUGGGCUGAAGGCAAAGCCAACCAGGACAUCCAGUUCAUAUUUCCAUUCACCUUCAGAGAGCUGAAUGUGGUGAGAGAGAACAAGUACAGCUUGGUGGAACUUGUUCAUCACUUCUUCUCUGAAACCAGAGACGCAGGAAUCUGCAGGUUUGAUCAGUUCCCGGUUGUGUUCAUCUUUGACGGUCUGGAUGAGUGUCGACUUCCUCUGGACUUCCUCAACACUGAGAUCCUGACUGAUGUCACAGAGUCCACCUCAGUGGAUGUGCUGCUGACAAACCUCAUCAGGGGGAAGCUGCUUCCCUCUGCUCGCCUCUGGAUAACCACACGACCUGCAGCAGCCAAUCAGAUCCCUCCUGAGUGUGUGGACAUGGUGACAGAGGUCCGAGGGUUCACUGACCCACAGAAGGAGGAGUACUUCAGGAAGAGAUUCAGAGAUCAGGAGCAGGCCGGCACCAUCAUCUCCCACAUCAAGACCUCACGAAGCCUCCACAUCAUGUGCCACAUCCCAGUCUUCUGCUGGAUCUCUGCUUCAGUUCUGGAGGAGGUGUUGAAAACCAGAGAGGGAGGAGAGCUGCCCAAGACCCUGACUGAGAUGUACAUCCACUUCCUGGUGGUUCAGUCCAAAGUGAAGAUCGUCAAGUAUGAUGGAGGAGCUGAGACAGAUCCACACUGGAGUCCAGAGAGCAGGAAGAUGAUGGAGUCUCUGGGGAAACUGGCUUUUGAGCAGCUGCAGAAAGGCAACCUGAUCUUCUAUGAGUCCGACCUGACAGAGUGUGGCAUCGAUAUCAGAGCAGCCUCAGUGUACUCAGGAGUGUUCACACAGGUCUUUCGAGAGGAGAGAGGACUGUACCAGGACAAGGUGUUCUGCUUUGUCCAUCUGAGCGUUCAGGAGUUUCUGGCUGCUCUUCAUGUCCAUCUGACCUUCAUCAACUCUGGAGUCAACCUGCUGGCAGAAGAACCAACAACCUCCCAGAAGUCUGAAGUCAAACCUAAACUAACACAUCUCUACCGGAGUGCUGUGAACCAGGCCUUACAGAGUCCAAACGGACACCUGGACUUGUUCCUGCGCUUCUUCCUGGGUCUCUCUCUGCAGACCAAUCAGAAACUCCUACGAGGCCUGCUGACACAGACAGGAAGUGGCUCAAAGAUCAACCAGGAAACAGUCCAGUACAUCAAGAAGAAGAUGGAAGAGGAUCUGUCUGCAGAGAGAAGCAUCAACCUGUUCCACUGUCUGAAUGAACUGAAUGAUCGUUCUCUAGUGGAGCAGAUCCAACAGUACCUGAGUUCAGGAAGUCUCUCCAGAUAUAAUCUGUCUCCUGCUCAGUGGUCAGCUCUGGUCUUCAUCUUACUCUCAUCAGGAAAAGAUCUGGACGUGUUUGACCUGAAGACAUACUCUGCUUCAGAGGAGGCUCUUCUGAGGCUGCUGCCAGUGGUCAAAGCCUCCAACAAAGCUCUGCUGAGUGGCUGUAACCUGUCAGAGAGAGGCUGUGGAGCUCUGUCCUCAGUCCUCAGCUCCCAGUCCUCCAGUCUGAGAGAUCUGGACCUGAGUAACAACGACCUGCAGGAUUCAGGAGUGAAGCUGCUGUCUGCUGGACUGGAGAGUCCACACUGUGAACUGAAGACUCUCAGGCUGUCAGGCUGUCUGAUCACAGAGGAAGGCUGUGAUGCUCUGGCCUCAGCUUUAAACGCCUCCCAUCUGAGAGAGCUGGACCUGAGCUACAAUCAUCCAGGAGAGUCAGGGGGGAGGCUGCUGUCUGCUGGACUGGACACACUCAGCCUGGAGCCUGCUGCAGUCCGGUUCUUGAGGCCAGGUCUCAGGAAGUAUUCCUGUGGACUCACACUGAACUCAAACACAGUGAACAGAUUCCUCAAUCUGUUUGAAAACAACAGGAAGGUGACAUGGGUGGGAGAGAAGCAGAACUAUCCUGAUCAUCCAGAGAGGUUUGACUCCUGGUAUCAGCUGAUGUGCAGAGAAGCUCUGAUUGGUCGCUGUUACUGGGAGGUCAAGUGGAGCGGAGCGGUUCAAAUAUCAGUGACUUACAGAGGAAUCAGGAGGAGAGGAGAGAGUAAAGACUGUGGGUUUGGAGAGAAUGAUCAGUCCUGGAGUCUGAGCUGCUCUGGUGGUGGUUACUCUGUCUGGCACAAUAAGAGAACAACACACAUCCCCUCCCCCUCCUCCCCCUCCUCCUCCUCCUCCUCCUCCUCCUCCUCCUCCUCCUCCUCCUCCUCCUCCUCCUCUGGUAGAGUAGCAGUGUAUCUGGAUCAUCCUGCUGGCUCUCUCUCCUUCUACAGAGUCUCCUCUGACACACUGACCCACCUCCACACCUUCAGAACCACAUUCACUGAACCUCUCUAUGCUGGGUUUGGGUUUGGGUUUGGGUUUGAGUAUGGUUCCUCAGUGUCUCUGUGUUCUCUGCAGGAGUGACCCCCCCCCCCUGAUAAUCAAAGUGCGUCCUCUAACUCAGUGGUUCCCAAACUUUUUGUGCCCAAGGCACACCAAAGGACAAGUAAAAAUCUCAAGGCACACCUAUUGUGCAAAAU